AUGACAGACACGCAAAAGAACCGACAGGAGCACCUGAGUUUGCAGUGCGAGCUUGAGCAAGGCAAACGCAAAGCGAUCAGGGAGCCCCCAGGCGCGGGGGUGGAGGCCUCGGGGGUCCGUCAGCGAGGACGUGUCACCUCCAUGGCGCUGUCUCCCGGGGAGGCCACAAGCGGCAGGUGCUGCAUCUCCAGCUCGGUCCCAGAGCCGCAGACCCGGCUGCCACAACCUCAGCCGGCGCCCCGUGGAGGCCUCAAGGCCACGCUCAGCCCCAAGCCCGCACCUAUCCGCUCCCCACGUGCCCUCAGGGACGCUCAGCGCCCCAGCGCACCUCCCGCAGCCUGCAGCCUCUGUCUGAGGGUCAUUUCUAUCGUCUGCGCCUGGCGUCAGGAGAAGCCCUCUCAGCUCCCCUCCCCGUUUCCUGAGGCCCCAGCUGUGUGA